CAAUCGAGCGUACCAACUUCGGGUAAUCGAAUAGUCAAUGAUUAUACACGUUGAUGCUUCGCAUCAACGUGAAAGCAGCCCUCUAUUUCUGUUCUCAUGGCCGAGGGGAACAACCAUGGGUGCAUACAAAUAUCUACAGGAGCUGUACCGCAAAAAGCAGAGCGAUGUGCUCCGCUUUCUGCUACGUAUUCGAUGCUGGCAAUAUCGUCAAUUGACCAAAAUGCACCGUGCUCCUCGACCAUCCAGGCCGGAUAAAGCACGCCGUUUAGGCUACAAGGCUAAACAAGGCUUUGUCAUAUUCAGAAUUCGUGUGAGGAGGGGAGGUCGUAAACGUCCAGUUCCCAAGGGUGCGACUUAUGGCAAGCCCAAGAGUCAUGGGGUAAAUCAAUUGAAACCUACCAGGAAACUGCAAUCCGUAGCUGAAGAACGCGUCGGUCGUCGUUGCGGUGGUUUAAGAGUGUUGAACAGUUACUGGGUCGCUCAAGACUCUACGUAUAAAUACUACGAAGUCAUUCUGGUGGACCCCGCGCAUCCGACGGUUCGUAACGACCCGAAGGUGAAUUGGGUGUGUAACGCGGUUCAUAAACACCGUGAACUUCGUGGAAAGACGUCGGCCGGCAGGAGUUCACGUGGUUUGGGUAAAGGACAUCGGUACUCGCAAACGAUCGGUGGUUCUCGUCGCGCGGCGUGGCUCAGGAGAAACUCUUUGUCACUUCGCAGGAAAAGAUAAACUUGCAAAUUGUACCGAUAUUACGUUUUUUCCUUCCCUUCACUUUACGCGGAAGCACCUCGGUUUUUGUCAUCGAUACUUCCCAAUAGAUACAAAUAAUAAUUGCACGAGGUGUCGAAGUACAAUCCUCGAAAUAUUCGUUUUUCCUUCCGUCGGGACACUUUCCAACAGGUCGGGAAUGAACAAUUUGUACACGUUUAAUUUCAUACAUAGGUACAUGCUACAAUAAAAUACGAUUUAAAAAA